UCUCCCUCCUCUCCUGCAGGUGCUAGACAUUAAGAAGAAGCUGAAGCAGUCCAAAAGGUUCUGGUCCAACCUGCCAGAUGAGAUCUGUAUUAAAGACAAGUUGACCGAGUCAGAUGAAGAGCAGUGUUGGAACAGUCACGCCAAGGCCAGGUAUUUUCCUGAGGUGGUAAAGGACGGCCUCACCAACCAGCUGAACAACCCAGAGGUGGCGGUGGACAUCACUAGACCGGACACUCUGAUUCGCCAACAGAUCAUGACACUCAGAGUGAUGACCAACAAGCUGAGAAACGCCUACAACGGCAACGACAUCUUCUUUCAGGACUCCAGUGACGAGGGCAGCGGCAGCAGCAGUGGCUGUACAGAGGGAUGUACCACAGAGUUUGUGUUUGUGGGUCCAGAGGCCCCCGUGGUGGGAGCAGACAGGAGUGAUGAGCGAGCUUCUGCUGCAUCAGGCAGCACCCCACAUCCCUCCAGACCCUCUCCCCUGCUACUGACCCUCUCUCUCACAGCCCUGUCCUGGUCCAGGAGAUAAUACCAGCUGGCCCGAGAGGACACCAGGACAUUACCCCUGCUACUGACCCUCUCUCUCACAGCCCUGUCCUGGUCCAGGAGAUAAUACCAGCUGGCCCGAGAGGACACCAGGACAUUACCCCUGCUACUGACCCUCUCUCUCACAGCCCUGUCCUGGUCCAGGAGAUAAUACCAGCUGGCCCGAGAGGACACCAGGACAUUACCCCUGCUACUGACCCUCUCUCUCACAGCCCUGUCCUGGUCCAGGAGAUAAUACCAGCUGGCCCGAGAGGACACCAGGACAUUACUGCUACUCUGACUCUGGCACCAAUCAGACAGCCAGCCAGCCGGUCGUCAUACUAACUGUUAGUGUUCUCUAAACGGAACCAGAACAGGACAACCCUUUUGGAUCCCCACCAUGAAGAGAUAUGGUGACAGUAGUAUACUGUAGUAGACUGAGGAGUGUUGUGAGUGCUGCAUCCUGCUUUGUCCCCAAAGAUCUCUCUGUUCUAAUCUGCUCUGUUCUAAUCUAUCUGUUCUGCUCUAUUCUAAUCUGUUCUGCUCUAUUCUAAUC